AUGAGGCGGACGCUCGUCUCUAGGAAAGCGCGUAAGAAGAGAAUUGCCGAGAACGCGGAAAUGAGCGGGGAGAACUACUACAAUCGGCAGGCACAAGAGUCCAAAGCGGUUGCGCAAACAUUUACUACUGAGCCUACUAUGCCCAUGGUUAAUGGCUCGCCCGGUGCAGAUAGGCUACCUGCCUUUGCAACUUUCGACGUCAGUCAAAAAUCAGACGAGGAGCGCCAACCCCUCCGAACGCAAGCUCUAUCUACUGAGCCAAGUCUGGCGACACCCUCCCGAGACGGGGUAUCGGAUCAAUACUACGGGCCUCCCUCGCGAUCCAGCAGUCGGCCACCUCAAAAUGGACCACGAGAUCAAUUUGGGAAUCCGCCUCCUCCGCCGAUCCCUGCCGGUCCAGAUGGAGCCAUGGGUACGGGACAAGGUAGAAGGUCGGGGGACGAAGCGACUCCUCCUAGUCCUUAUCGCGAUCGCAGUCUCCCGCCGCUGGGCGGUCGAAGCUAUUCGCAGCGUGGCAGGGGUGGCUAUCCGCCUCGGGGUGGUUAUCCUCCGCGAGCAGGUGGCUUCGGCCCAAGGGGACCACCUCCGCCACAAGGCUAUCCGGGCAGAGGUGGAUUUCCGGUCGACAUGAGAGGAGGAUAUGGUGGGCGAGGGAGAGGUGGAUUUCCACCCACUGGUCCUGGUGGUCCGAUAAUGGCCGCUGGCGCCAUGAUGGCUGGUGGUCCGCGACGACCUCCACCAGGCUAUCCGCCUAAUGGAGCUGACAAUGUAUCAGAGAGAUACACGUCGUCGGACGAAUAUCCAGUGGCGAUGGGCCCCCGGCUACCCAUGGCACCUCCACAACAAUAUAUCGAAGACAACGAGCGGGGGUAUGACAUAAGGAGUCCCUCUGUCUACACCCAAGCAGAGGAGUUGCCAGGUUCAUAUGGAGCCAGAGCGCAGUCACCAGGGCGGGACAGAACCUCACCCUAUGGCGGUCGUGUCCAGUCCCCAUCGGGUGCUCUGCGUCAACCUUCCCCACCUCCGGCUAUGCCCCCGUUACCCACGACUCAACCUGUCGAGAUGGCUGGCACCUCCGUACGUGACUUCAAACCCCAAAGGUCACAGAGUCAAGAUCCGUAA